CUUUCAGCUCAUUUCCUCUCUUCCUCCUUUCUUGCAUAAUGCCGAGCUGCUGCUUGCUUUGAAAUGUGUUCCUCGAGUAUUGAAUUUGUCUGAGGUGGCGUGUCUGUGGUGGAAUUACUAGUUAGUAAAGAAGCAAACUCGAUGCUUUUGGACUGGAGUUGUGACCUUUAUGGGAAGACGACCUCAAAUGAUCCUAUUUUCUUUUCUCCCGUGUGUCAAUCCGAUGAAAUGAGUACUUCCUGUUGGCUAUCGCUUUUGGAAAUAAAUUGCGUACUGAAUUUCUGAUAAGGAACAAUGAAUGGAUCAUUCAAUGGGCAGAUUUUGGUGGAUAAGCUUACCAGACUUAACAAUUCACAGCAGAGUAUAGAGACCUUAUCACAUUGGUGCAUCUUCCAUCGGUACAAAGCUAAGCAAGUUGUUGAAACCUGGGAGCAACAAUUCUAUUCCUCCCCUAGGGAACAAAGAGUUUCCUUCUUGUAUUUGGCCAAUGAUAUUUUGCAGAACAGUCGGCGAAAAGGUUUAGAAUUCAUUAAUGAAUUCUGGAAAGUGCUUCCUGAUGCUUUAUCUGAUGUAUUUGCUAAUGGAGAUGAUAUUGGAAGGAAAACUGUGCAAAGAUUGGUUAACAUUUGGGAAGAGCGGAAAGUUUUUGGUUCACGGGGACAAAUUCUCAAGGAAGAGAUACUGGGAAGGAAGCUUGAAGAUAAAAAUAAAAAUGGAAAGGCAAUUACUCAAAACUUGAACCAAUCUAGUGGAAUACUGGAAAAGAUUAUUUCAAGCUAUGAUAAACUUUCUGAUGAAGAUUCUUUAUUUGGAAAAUGUCAAGCUGCUCUUAACAUCAUUGAUAAAGUAGAAAAGGAACUGGGAAGUGAUUUUGAAAUAGGAAGUGCAAAUGGAUCUGAAAUUAUUGGUAACUUACAAAUUCAGCAUGGCAUUCUAGGAGAGUGCAUUGAGCAACUGAAGGCAUCUGAAUUGUCUAGAGCAACUCUAAUCUCAUAUUUAAGAGAGGCACUUAAUGAGCAGGAACUAAAGGCUGAACAAACUGGCCACCAACUCCAGGUCGCUGAAUUACGAUGCAAGCAAGCAGGUAACAUCUUAUCGCAGCUCAAUGUGGAACAACAACCUCCAGCCACACAGAACCCGACUGAGGCAUUACGCUUUGCUCCUGAAGUGACUGCUAGCUCUGCUGUUGAUGCUCAAAUCACGCUGAGUAGAUGCACCCAGGAAGAACCCCUCCCUGACAUGAAACCUUCUCUCAGCGAAGAGAACAGGAAAACAGAAGCUGCUGCAGUUGCAGCGAAACUCACAGCAUCUGCUUCUUCAGCCCAAAUGCUAAGCUUCGUCCUCUCAUCUCUGGCCUCGGAAGGCGUCAUCGGCCCGGCAAAUAAAGAAGAAUCCCCUGAUAGCAAAAGGCUAAAGCUACAGAACAGCCUGCCCCCACCUCACCCUCUUCUUCAAGUGCCGAUGCCGCCGUCAUUUUCCCAUCCGGAAGCAAUGCAUCAGCUUCCUCCUCCGCAAUCGUCAUCCCCUAACCUGGAACCACCAUCCACUUCAGUGUCACUCGCGACACCAUCACCAUCAACUUCUGUCCAAUUCAUGCAAUCUGCUGCGGGGCCUAUGACAGGCGUCCCUUACGCGUAUGGCUCAGCUCCGCCACCUCUACCAAACUAUCCAAUGUUUGGCAUGCAUCCCAAUCUAAGUUCUCCAAGCCCAUUCUACAGCUUUCAACCACCUGAAGGCCCCAACCUCGUUUUGCAACCACCGUUGCCAUCGGGACCACCUCCCCUGACUCGACAAUAACAUGGUUUCUUGUCUAGGGAGCAUAAAAGAUUCAACUGAUGCUUAUAACUUGCCCCCGUAUACCCAUGCAAGCUCACUUUGAACCUAUGUAUAAUCUUAAAUUGCCCUGUGAUCGGAAGCUUAAGCAUGUACAUUCUGUUAUGACAUUUACCGACACCAUUGUGGUUGAAGAUAUUGCUCUACUGAGUCGUGUUUUAAGAGAUUGAAUUGUAGUGUUAACAAAUGAGAACAAUAUUACUAUGAACAUAUUAUCUUUGACCAUUGUUAGUAUCA